UGAGUUGUGUGACUUUCCCCCAUCAAGUGGAUCUUGUUCAGCAUUUACAACACAUCGCAAACAUCCAUUUGAGGCACGAGUGGCUGUAUUUAAAUGAGUCACUUGGGCAGGCCAGGUGUACAAUAGGAGAACAGUGGGGGGUGGAGAUAGCAGGCUAAAGAGGUGGGAAUUGCUUAUUUAAAUUUGAGCUCUGGGCUUGGGAGAAGGGUGAAGCAGGACACACAACACUCACACACAACACUCACAAACACACACACGGAGGGAAGGAGAGAUACACCGACCAGAGUCGCCCACACUCUCUGCCUUCCGAUUCCACCUCUGCAUCCGCGGGGAUUGGGAAUACCGAGCAGGACUCCAUCCCCUCACCAUGUUAAGCGGGAUUAAGCUGGACGGAGUGGACUCUUCCGACUGGGAAUGCUUUUACUCCGGGAAUGAGAUUUAUCAGCCUCUGAGCAACAUGACUCCAGGGAACGCCAUGAAUCCUUACGUGACAAACACCAGGCCCGGGACCAUCAAUAUGUCGUACAUGAACGCUGGGAUGUUGAGCCACCACCCCCCGCUGUCGGCCAUGGGGACCAGUGCGGUGGUGGCCACCAGUGACCUCUCCCGGCUGGAGGCCUCGCUGAGUUCACCCAUGGAGCAAGUGGGUUCCCAACCCAACGUCAUGAGCCAGAUGAGCCCUUACUGCAACACCAGCGCGGCCUACGGCCAGAGCAACUUGGACUUCCCCGGAGACACCAAGAACAUCCGGCGUAACUACACCCACGCCAAGCCUCCCUACUCCUACAUCUCGCUCAUCACCAUGGCCAUCCAGCAGUCCUCGCAGAAGAUGCUCACCCUGAAUGAGAUCUACCAGUGGAUCAUGGACUUCUUCCCGUACUACAGACAGAACCAGCAGCGCUGGCAGAACUCCAUCCGCCACUCGCUGUCCUUCAACGACUGCUUCAUCAAGAUGCCCAGGUCGCCGGAGAAACCGGGCAAGGGCUCGUACUGGGCCCUGCACCCGGACUCAGGCAACAUGUUCGAGAACGGCUGCUACCUGCGGCGGCAGAAGCGGUUCAAGUGCGAGAGGGCCGGCCCGCAGACGGAGGGGACGGGGGGGGCCGGCGAAGGUUCCGGGUCCCCCGUGGCCGGCGGUGGCGGUGGCGAGACUGAUUCCUCCCUCGGCACUCCCGGCUCGGAGCGGGUCAGGAGCAGGGGGAGACCGCUCUACCGGCAGCUGGGGAAACCAACUCCGGACAACAGCCCGAGAAUCCCAAAGCAGGAAGACUCGCCCGACGCCAAGCCCGUGUCCUCGAUGUCCACCCACCCGUCCUUCCUCUCCCAGCUGGCCUCCGAGGUGUACCUGAAGCCCGACCCUCAGUUCCCCUUGACCCACCCGUUCUCCAUCACCAACCUGAUGGCCGCCGAACAGCAGACGGACAAGGCGGGCCUGAAACCCUACGAGCAGAUGUUUCCCUUCUCUUCCUACACCCCGUCAAUGGGCGCUGAACUCUCCAUGUUCCCCAAAACCAGCCUGGACCUCGCCCCCGUCCCCAACGACCCGUCCCCAUACCAGUCGCUGUGUUCGCGGCCCGUCCUGAGCUCCAUCUAGGCCUUUCAGCCCAUCCAUCGCCUCCCUGCCGGCCAAGUUGGCAACCUGUGUAAAAAUAAGAAGAGACUCUAUCCACUGUGUUAUGGCUUGUAGAUAUCUACCUGUUUUCUGCGAUGACUAAUGAAAAUUAAUAUUGAUCCUUUGUACAAAUGGAAAGGAUAAUUUGAGAGUAAAAAGGACUUUGAAUGCGUACAAUUCAUCCUCAUGUUUCUUUUGCUACCAUUGGAUCUCAUUGAAACAUAUAUGAGAUUGUUAAGGGUUUGGACACGCUAGAGGCAGGAAACAUGUUCCCGAUGUUGGGGGAGUCCAGAACCAGGGGCCACACACACACACACACAGUUUAAGAAUAAGGGGUAAGCCAUUUACAACGGAGACGAGGAAACACUUUUUCUCACAGAGAGGUGUGAGUCUGUGGAAUUCUCUGCCUCAGAGGGCGGUGGAGGCCGGUUCUCUGGAUGCUUUCAAGAAAGAGCUAGAUAAGGCUCUUAAAAAUAGCGGAGUCA